AUGGACCGAACUUCAACAUUCCCACGUGGCUCUCACAGUAAUGUCUCGACGGGGUCGUCACAAGUUGAUCCAGAUUCGGUCUAUUUACAAAAGCUCCGUGACUCGUUGGCGUCUUUACACUCCAUCAAGCAAACAGCGGUUGCAAAUGAGAAUUUCAUACUGGCCGAGCAGACAUCUGCCAAAUUACAGGCGUUGCGUGUACAAGUCGCAACCUUGGAGCACAAGUUGAACGCAGACGUCCUUACCAACCACAUGACACAGUGGCAGAAUUCUCUCGCAGAAUCUCUUGGAAAUCUGCUGAAAAGUGGUGGCUCUCAGAGUGUUCGCAAGGCUUCCACAAAUUUUAAUUACCCUUUAAACGAGCCAUUCCAUCAGUCGAUGCUCUCGCUGCUUCGAUUAGUACCACCUGCGUAUCUCGAAAGCCUCAUGAAGGCCUUCCUUAUUAUACUGCCGCUUGAUAUGCCAGGCCUUCAGAAAUCACCGUAUGGAUUUGAUUUCUUCCUCAAAAAGCUGCCACCAACCGUACAAAGUAAUGCCAGUCACGUCGAACUUGUCAAGAGUGUUGUUCUACUUGGCGUUUUGGAUUGCCUGAUAGUCGUGACGGAACACUCUGCGUUGACCAGGCCGUUCAAGAAGGAGACGAAUCAUAUGCUUCUAAAGCAUGCAUUUUAUAAUAUUCGGCUGGCUGGACAGACUGUUUCAAAACGGGCGGCUUCAACUGAAGGUCGAUUUAUGGAGCAGAUGAUGCUCAGAUGGUCUAUUCUCAUUGGAGACGUUUCUUCAGUCGAAAGACACGGUAUAGUAUCAACCAUUUUCGGUGUGUUGGAUCCGACGCGGAAAGCCUUGUCAGAAGAGAUUGUGUUGGUUUUAGCUGCUACUCGGUAUCUUUCAACCAAGCCUGUGAAUCAACAACAAGCCGAACAGCUGUUUCAGCUCAUAAGAGAAUUGUCGAAUCAGAUAGAUAGGACAAAAAAAACUGUGGUACGAGUGGCAGCGAUACAGGCACUCGAGUAUAUCAUCAGACCGCUGGAUUACACAAGUGCUGGUGGAAAGCCACGACAGCCUUGGGAAGUGAUGCUAGUGGACGAGAUAUACGAGCUUUAUAAGAGAGCAAGGAGAUGGGCUGUAGAUGAGCAAGUCAGACGUUGCUCCUUCCGACUGAUUGUGGCCAUACUAGUCAACAGCCCGUAUGAAUUCUUUCGCUCCCAUAUAGACAAUUUUGUCUUGAAGGACUUGAUUAUCGCUACCACCGUAAAUCCACAAUCUAAACGAAAACCAGACAUGUUUAGACCAUUCGUGUAUGAAUGUGUCUUGCAGCUUCUUAGAGGAAGGUUUUAUACAGAUACGAAAGAUCAAGCACGACAGAGGAUUGCAAGGACGUUUUCGCAGUCUGCGUCAUUCAUGUUUAUGACGAGACCGUUGGGAGAAGAGCCCGCUGAGGUGAUAAAUCGACGGCUGAAGGAUAUGGCUGAUGCGCUGUUUUUCAAGAGAACGAGAACGUUUGGAGUGGAGAAUUUGGAUGUUUGUGUGGACCUUACUGUGCAAAUGGGUGUGCAAAACUUGGCAAUCGCAUUUAGAGUCAUCCAAUCUUUGAUGGAGAACAAGGUUUCUCAGGACUUGGAAUCCCAGUAUAUAGGAGUGAAAGCCCUUCGAAUUAUAUUAGAUCCAGAAUCAUCAUUCGGAGCUGCAGCUCAGGCAAGAGGCGACCGUGAUUUCGAUGCGGUAGUAACAGACUUGCCGUAUGAAUUUGAAAACCUAUUAUCUCAGAUAUUACAUCAAUGUGAUUUCCAAGCUGGUAUAGCGGCUCUAGGAAAGUCUCAAAAUGUAUUCGAGCCCGUGCCCUUUGGAUCUGGACGUUCCAGAGGGAUGGGUAGUAUCUCUGAAUCGAACGUAGUAAUGUCCGACACGUCCUCACAAAUUCAAGACGAUGUCAUGUCGAUAUACUCUGAUGUACCGGAUCGGGAAGCACAGAAUGUGCGUGCAUCGUAUCAUUCCGAAUAUACAGGAUCUGUUACCAUGUCUAUGGCUGGUGAUGCCAUUGACCAUGAUGCACUCUCUAGCACCUUGAAUCGUAUUCCUCUAUUUGCAGCAUCGGACAUGUCACGGCCUGAUUCAACUUUGGAACGAGUCGCUACGUUGGAUCGAGUUGUGACUUUAGAGAGGUCUCGUAACUCCUCAGCUGCCUCGUCGCCGAGAAAUAGUAUCGCCAUGAUUCCAGAUGAAGUAUAUGUGGCACAGCAGAAAGCUAAUGAUCAUGUUGCGGCCUGUAUAAAGACAUGGUCGCGUGCUUACGGACAGAGUGCUGAUGUCGGAGAGCGGCUGGGAACGCCCGUUUCAAUGUUGGCCAGACCGAGCCCUAAACUCAAGUCGCCACGGCACAGUAUUAGGCCUGAGAUAGGGUUAACGCUGCGUGUGUUUCGAGAAGUUCUUCGCUUGGUCCCGCUUAUCCCAGCUCCUUCGAUAAUAGGAGGCGAAUGGUUUGUUGGAGUGUAUCUAAUGAGUAAUCAAGAAGAAAUAGCAUGGGAGGCCUCUUAUUCCAUCCAACGAGUUUUUGUUCGAAAUCCAACAUUGAGACUGAGGCAAGCAACUGAUGAAAUUUUAGGAAAUGAAAACAUGGCUAACAACCGAUCAUUAUUUAUUAAAAUUAGCGUGAUCAACGGUUUCAUAAAUUGUAUUAAGAGCACCGAACACCAGGACGAGGUUUCUCUGUUGACAAUCAUUCUGCAUCUGCAACACUUGAUCUCGGGCUGGUCCAAAGAAUCAAACGUGAUUUCUGAUCCUGAUGCAUCGUAUAGAGUAUCAUGUAAAUUGGACGCUGCGGUGAUAGUGUUGCUAGCACAUACGGAUCCAAGGAUACGGAAAUGCUCGAUACAAUGUUUGGGAGACUUCCUCAAAAUAACAGGCCGUUUGCAGCCUGGGUUAGAUCAAACAGACCAAACUGUAGAAAUGCCACUCUACUCUGUGCUAGUACGGACAGAGAUCUCUAUAGCCCGAAGAGCAUUGUAUUCAUUCCUGGAACGAGAUUUGGAAGUGACACAUCUAGUACAAACCGCAUCCAAUCCAACACCACCAACGUUUUCGGACGUCGCUAGUUCCGAAUAUAUGAGUCUAUAUCGGGCCUUUUUGGGUGAAUUAGCUAGACAGUUUGCUAGGUUAGGAAGAUCGAAGGCCCUACGACAUACGGCCAAGUUUGUGAGGACUAUUGCCAUCCCAAUGCUCAAUCCACCACAGGGAGAUCCAGCUGAAGACAGUGUAGAGUUGUAUUCAUCAUUUGCCAUACUGCUCUUUGCUUUUGGUGGUAUACCGUUGAAGAGCGAGCAUGAGUUUCCCUCUGGAGCCACUCAGCAGGUGCAGGAUACACUGCUCAAUCUCUAUCUUCGCCUGCUUGCACCGAUUUUAUGCUCUGAGAAAGAGUGGGAAGCGAAUAGUAUAGCGCGAGCAUCCUAUUACACACAUCCAGCUAUAUUGCAGGUGGUGGUCUUCGAUACCUGGUCGACAUUUAAAGAGAGCGAGACUGUAGGAUCUCAGCCAUCUUCAGCGAAAUCUAGCCCAAAUCGAUCAGGAAUAGCACCUCGGGGACCGCCUUCUACACUACGGAACCUGGCGAAUUUUGUUAAUAUGCUUCGAUACAUAUGCCAGUCACCAGACUUUACCAUCUUGGCUCGAGAGCCUUCUGUCGUCCCUACACCCAUUGUAGCUGUGCUAUCAGAAGUGCUCUCGACUAUAGAAACUAUACUUGGAUCCGGUGCUGAGGUUGCUGUCAGUACUAUGAAACUUCGGAUGACUUGUAAUCAUUGUGUAAUAGUAGACAGACUGUCGGAAACGUUGUUGUCGGGACCGGCCAACUUGUCUGAACUCUGGCCGCCUGCUAUAAGAAAUCAGACUUUUAGACAUCUACUUUUAUGGUCAUCUACUUUACAUGACACCACAGCGCCAACAAGUAAUAAAACCGGCCAGAUACGACCUUAUAUAGGAGUUGCCGUGGAAUCUUUGCUAGAUUAUGCUGAUGUAUAUGAAGGACGUGCUUUGCCAAGAGAAAAUCUACAGGCCCUAGUUAGAAUGGAGAGCGAAGGUCGACGUGUCUUUGGACCGACGCUUUUAUACAACUUGGAUCACGUAAUAGGUGUCGUGAUGGUGCAAGCAUACUCAGGUCGAGCAGCACCACCAGGAGCAUUUGCUGAUGCUAUUUUUGAUUUAAUACUCCCCCGGCCACAUCGAGAGUCACAGAUGUUUAUGUCUCUUGAUGCUGAAUCACGAAGUGCUAGUCUUCGAGAUUAUAUAAGUUUACAGCACGCUCUGCCUCUGAAGCCUGAGGAAUCACAUCUCAUAUAUCCUAAUCUGACACCUGAACUUGAAGCCCAGAUAAAACGACACUUGGGAAGCAUCCUCUUUUUCGGCUUGUAUUCAAUGAUGAAUGCCUCGCGCAGUAUCCGUAAUCGGGCCUUUUUAUUUGUGCUAGAGCUAGUCCGACUCUUUGGAGCAUCGCCGAUGGAUGAAGAGAUGUCAGCAGCUUUUGCAUCUUUGAAUGGGUGGAUGGCUACUUCUAUAGGACACACACUCAAACCAAAAAUUGUAGCUAUCAAUCGUCGUGCUGCCGCAUUGUUUUCUAGCCAUGUCGCUGGCUUCACUUGGGAAGCUGUGCGUUGCUCACGGUCACAGUCUAAAGGAACUCCAGAACACGUAAUGCUGACUUUAAUACCACCAGGGAGCUGGAUAUUAGAUUUGCUAGCGCCUUGGCUUCAUCAGGUGGACCUAUCUGAAUCAGCACCAGGAGAAGGGAAAUAUGAAGAGUUGCUUCGGUUCUUAUUGGAGACGGCGUUUUUAUCUCCUCAGAUGUCCCGUAGUGAGGUAUUAUGGGAAGAAUUGGCAGCUGGUCAUGAAGGAGGUGAACGGUCAACCGUGCUGCUAUUGGAUAUAUUAGUACAUGUGCUCUCUUUUGAUGGACCUACUCGAGAGACAGCUCUGAACUUACUAGGCCGUCUACUGAUGCACCGUCCAAAGCUUGUAGCAGCGGAACUGUCUCAUUACCUCAGUCAUCGGGCGUUUCCAUGGUCUAAAGCUAAAGAACACAACGAAAAUCUGAAAGCGCCACAUAGCGCAGCUGUAGUGAAGAACUUGGUUACGUAUCUCCAUACCUCUUUAUUUCCUCAUAAGACAUCUCUAGCCGGCAACGAUUAUGUGGUCACUUGUAAAUCCGCCAUUGUAUGUAUAUCGGAGCUUCUGAUUCAGGAUUUCGCAGCCACUGUGGCACAGCAGCCCAUCUUGCUUAAUUAUGUAAUUUUACACUUGCCUGAUACUUUAUCUACGACCUCGGCUGCAACUUUUUUGCUUGGUAAUCUAGUGGAAGGAUACGUUAGUUUCAUCACACGCGCUGGCGCGAUGAAUGAUGAUACGUAUGAUACACUAGCCAAAGGGGCUUCAAAGUUGCUGGUUUUGAUGGAAGGUGCUGUCGUUCGUGUCAAGUGGCCUGACCCUCUGCAUCUCAGUGCGGAUGCUGAGAGCGGGGGUAAUGAAAUCACCGUGCAAGAACUAUUGGACUUGCUAUUGGCUACGUUCGAGCCUGAAUCUCCUGGCCUGAGAGAAGCCAUGGCUCGUGAAACGCUACACUGGGCGUCAGAAGGAUAUUUGCCUGCAGACCAGACGAUGAGGGGCGUGGAACUAUACAAUAUGCUGAUAUCAUUAGCGCCACCACCAGCCGUGAAUUCUUUGGAUGCUUUGGAAUCGAGACUUUUAGAUCACGUUUCAGUCAUUGGAAGCAUAGAAGUAGAUUUGCGAGGAAACACGAAAGAGUCGUGGUCGUACAUGUCUGAAGGUCAACGACAAACUCAGCUUGGAAGCAGACAGGUUUUGGCGAGCAUACUCACACUACAUCAGACAUUAAUCAUACAAUAUGGACGUAAUGGUGUGUUGCAUCAGCAUCCACACCUGUUUUGGGAUUCUCUCUGUAUAAUCAACUUUCCUGUGGAUGUGUUUCCUGAUCUAGUCAGCAGAGCCAUGGAUAAUUGCAUUCUCUACAUGACGAAUCAGGGGGAAUCCAGAGCUUUAGCACCAAGUGCCCUUGAUGAAAGCUUCUUAGAUUCCUACGACAGAGUAAAGAGUGGGUUUCCUGGACUGCAGCAGCUUCUACUGCCAAGCCUGUUUGCAGCGUCCUCAGAGACUCAAGUGAAGGCAUUCGAACUCUUGUUACGUGGAUGGUGUCUGCUCCCUGACUAUAUAGUGGAUCAACACCCUUCAAUCGCCAUGCUCUAUACGUUGCUUUAUAGCGUUACAUUCUUGUUUGGACGACUGCUUGAAGACGAUGGGUCAGAGCCGGGCCAUUCGAGGAUUGUUGCUGCUUUGCUCGCCCAGGUGCUGACUACAAAGAAGCCAUUCGACUUUACCGCAACUAUAAGAAACUUGGAAGCCUAUGUUGAGUCGCCAGAGAAUCCUGAUCCCGCUAAUGCGGACGAUUUGCUUCAACGAGUUACCGCAAACUUGGCAGAAGUCUACGAAGCAGAGAUUGCGACUAUAGCGGAUUACUUUGGAUUCAUUGUCCGAGUACAACCACGAUAUGCCAAAGUCGUGUAUCGAAUGACUGAGACAAUGUGGUCGUUUGGAAGGCCGAAAAGUGCUGCCUUGAAAAACUUUGUCAAGAAACUGCCUUUUGUAAGUGAAGGCGCGGGUGCAUCAUUAAUUGUGUCGGUGUUGCACGAUACGCCAGACGGUGGCGAUGCGGUAGAUGGCGAAGUGUUGGACCUUUCCAGUCAUGGAAAGCAAGAAGUAAUGAAUGUACCAAUAAUCCCGUCAUCUACAGUGAGACACGCUCAGGCUAUGCUCUCUAAUAUGGGUAUUGCACCCACUCGUACUCUGCCACAUUCCAAAGGACUCAAGACAAGAUCGAAUAUCGAAUAUCGAAUGGAGCCUACAACAGUAUUGAGCCUUCCAUCUACAAUUGGAACUGAUGAAAACAGCUUUGGUACAGCAGCAGGUGUCUUUGAUGAAUGUUGGAUUGAAGCAGAGAGGAAGGUCAACCAUUCCUUGAGGAACGCAGCUUCUGCUGGACAGCUCGAUACCCAAAUUAUACUCCGUAGUCCAAGUUUGCUUCAAGCCUUUCGACAACUCACUCAGGAAGCCUGUACAGAGGAGCAUUUGGAGUUCCUAUUAGCUGCUUCAAAGUUGGACGACGACUUCAGAUUGUAUGAAUCUGAUCCUAUAGCUCAGAAAUACAUUCUCGCCGUCGGGCUUUAUACAAUUCAAGCACUGUAUCUCGAGAGGAAUAGUGCCAGAGAGCUGAACAUAACUCAGACUGCUCGCAUAAAAGUUUCAAAGGGCUACAAGCUGUUGAAGAACUUGAGGAGGCCUGCUGAUGAGUAUCUUUUGAUUCUGAGGCCAGUCAUUCUAGAAGUGGAGGAACUGCUGCAACCGCUUGUGAAGAAAUUGGCUCGUAUGGAGCUCAAUGAUGCUCAGAAUUGGUCAUCUGAUGAAUCCACUGUUCUGAAAAAGGCUCCACUCUCGAAUCCAUCCUAUACCCCCACCUCUGGAAAGAAUCUAUAUCGGAGCUCGAAUAUAGGACGAAAAUGGUCUCUGGAUUUGGGAAUAAAGUUGGUCCGUAGACAACAUUCAACAAUAUCUGUGACUGUGUCGAUUUAA